AUGCAUCCUACAUGCAUUAUGGAGAAGGAAGUGUCAGACCCUAGGGAGACUCGCUUAAGUGAUGUUAAGAGAAUCAUUAGGUAUUUGAAAGGUACUACUAAUCUUGGUUUGUUUUAUAGAAAAUCAAGUGAAUACAAGUUAGUAGGUUAUUAUGAAGCUGACUAUGUUGGAGACAAAAUAGAGAGGAAAAGUACUUCUGGAAGUUGUCAAUUUCUAGGAGACAAUCUAAUCUCGUGGUCUAGCAAGAGGCAGUCAACAAUUGUGCUUUUAAUAGCCGAAACUAAGUAUAUCGCAGCUUCUGGAUGUUUGAACCUACAAUGGAAGCCUUACAGUUACAAUUCAUUAUGUCUUGUUGCUCUUGAAAUUGAGGAAGAAGCAAAGGAGACUGAGGAAGCUUCUGGACAUCUAGAGAGGAAGUUUCUUACAAGGUUGCUUGAGCAAUGA